AUGCUACGUGACAAAAGACCCUUGUAUUCCGUCCAGACUAUCACAACACUACAAUUGUAUGCUCCUCAUAAUCUCGUCGCCCCAGAAUCAUGUCAACUAGCAGCAGAACUUCUGUCCGCAAGAAUCGUAGCAGCCCAAGUUGCAGUAGCAGAUCUGAGGGUUGGCACCAGCCUCGGCGUUCGGCACGGGGUUCGCGACCGUGGUGCUGGUGAGCAGCAGAGCGACUGCGGUGAUGAGAGUGGUGAACUUCAUGGUGAUCUUGAUGCAGCUAUUGGAUAG